GCCCUUCCGCGUGCUCCCACGCCUGGUCGCGCCCGCCCCGGGGCAGCGGCUGCAGAACCGCGCAGAGGCAGACACCCGAAGGGGCAGCGAGGCAAGGCAGAGCGUGGAUUUUUCUGGCACCUGAGUCCCAAAACCUCCAGAAAUUACUCAGCAGCUGUAAACGUGCAGAUUCUUUGAAGCAGUGCCUUGUAUUAACUAAUGUACAUUUAAUAUUCAGUGGAUAAAAGUUCUGGAUUUUUUCUAGGCUACUCACAUUCCUUGGUUCAUCACCCCCUUUCUCCAUCUCCAAAGUUGGCAAAGGACAGGGUUUCUUUGGCUUCAAGUAUUUUCUUCAGUGCCUUUCGUAGUGGGGCUGGCUGUUACCUGUUUAUAUCUAUGGCAACGCCCUCACUACAAGGCCAAAUGAGGACAACCCAACUUCCAAAGCUUCCCGUCUGCCCUACAGACUACAGCCGCCUCGGGCCAGAGACCCAACAGCGAGAUCCGCCAGCCAACCACCUCCAGCCAGUCGCAUCCACCCUCUCCUCCCAGCGCCCGCAGAGAAAGCUGGCUUCCCAUUGGGCCAACUGUAAGCCCUCUUACGGAGCGGGGGUUCCGUCCCAGCAGCCAGGCGAGCUCCGCCCUCACGCCCCGCCUGCGCCGGGAAAUCAGGUGACCGCGGGCUGGCGCAGUCACGUGGCUGGGGCGCGCCCGCCCGUUGUGGCCAUGGCGGCCGCUGGUUCCAGUGUGGUGAGGCGAGUGGAAGAGCUCGGGGACCUGGCUCAGGCCCACAUACAGCAGCUCAGCGAAGCCGCCGGCGAAGAUGAUCACUUUCUAAUUCGGGCCUCUGCGGCUCUAGAAAAAUUGAAACUUCUGUGUGGAGAAGACAAAGAAUGUUCAAAUCCAUCAAAUCUUCUAGAACUUUACACACAGGCAAUCUUGGACAUGACAUAUUUUGAGGAGAACAAACUAGUAGAUGAAGAUUUUCCUGAAGAUUCUUCACAGAAAGUAAAAGAGCUGAUCAGUUUUCUUUCAGAACCAGAAAUUUUAGUUAAAGAAAAUAAUAUGCAUCCAAAACCCUGUGAUUUGCUUGGGGAUGAACUCCUGGAAUGUCUCUCUUGGAGACGGGGAGCCCUACUCUAUAUGUAUUGUCAUUCUCUGACCAAAAGGAGGGAGUGGCUCACAAGAAAAUCCAAUUUGCUUAAAAAGUACCUUAUUGAUGGAAUCAGUUACUUGCUACAGAUGUUAAAUUAUCGGUGUCCUGUCCAGUUAAAUGAAGGAGUUUCUUUCCAAGACUUAGACACAGCUAAAUUACUGAGUGAAGGAAUAUUUAGUGACAUUCAUUUGCUGGCUAUGAUGUACAGUGGAGAAAUGUGUUACUGGGGAUUGAAGCAUUGUGCAGAUCAACAGCCAGAAAAUCACGAAGUGGAUUCUGGUGUUUCUGGAGCAAGCUACACAACACAAAAAGAACCUCUGGAUUUCCGAGAAGUAGGAGAAAAAAUUUUGAAAAAGUAUGUAUUUGUGUGUGAAGGACCCCUGAAAGAGCAAGAAUGGAAUACAACAAAUGCAAAACAAAUUUUAAACUUUUUUCAGCAUCACACUAACCAGUAAGUUAUCUAUUCCUUUUCCAAGAGGAAAACAAAACAACCCAUGAAAUGGAAAAGUUCCAGAAAAGAAGACAUAUUGACACUGUUUAAGAAUGUUACACUACAUAAAGAUACCCAGCGUGGUUACCUAUUUUUAAUGCCAUCACCAUUUUUCAUUAUAUAUUUUUAAAUCUAUGAAAGAACGAUUCUUUAAUGUUUAAGAUGGCAUGUAUGUUAUUCUAACUCAGCCUGAACUGCAGAUGUUCUAUAACUAAUAAUAAGUAGGAUUAGAGUUUAGAUAAAGCUAAAGUUUUAAUUAUUAGCUUUUUUGUGAUAUAAAUUGACCAUUUCAAAUAUCUUCAGAUUAUUUUAAAAUCUGUCUUGAAGUUUGCUCUGCUUCAGAGAUUAAAAUCAAGUCAACUUAUCGCUUUAGAUAUAUUCUAAAGACGUAAAAAUUGGCAAAAUAAAAAAUUAUGACUAGUAUUCAGACUCCAUUUCCAGAAUAGAUAAAUAAUGAAAGAUGCUACAAAAGAAAUGUUUCAUUUUUUGUUUUACCAUUACUCAUGGCAUUUACAAUUUUUAUGCUAUUGGGCAUUAAGUAAAAAUUUUCAAGUGAUUUUCCAAUUUUAUUUAAAAGAAAAUGGAUGGUUUAUCAAAUGAGUAAUGAAGAUGAAAUCAAGUUAGGUUAGUCCAUCAUUAACUCGUUUGUGUUUAGAGUGCCCCUUUUCAUAGGUAUUGAAAUUUUAAUAUUUUUGUCUUUAAUAGUAGAGAUGAGUGAUAAAGGCCAGAGAACCUAACUUGCUAUCUUGCUUAUUGUCUACCUCAACUCCUAUUGUCAUCUUGGGAUGAUCUAAUAAUUUGCUGAUAUCCUUGACUUCUGUACCAGUGACUUCAUCACAUUCCAGGAACUUAACUCCCAUGGCUACACCUUGAAUGAAUAUCACCAUCCUGAGUUUUUCUUUCUGAAAUCCUUAAAUUUCAUUAAUUGAUGAUAAUUCAUAUCUUUCCAGCUUUUCACUUCCUCAUUUUUACUGAUUUUUCUUUCUCCUUUAUUUCUACUCUAUCUCUUUAGCUUCUUCACAGCCCCAUUUUCUUGACUGUUCUUCCUUCUCCUAAACCAUCAGCCCCUUUGAGAUUUUCUUCCUUCCCUAUCCAGCCUCAGCCUAAUAUGGGAUACCAGAUGAAGUACUCUUCACAGUCCCUUCAAGUCCACUGUCCCCUUGUCCUUCAGUCUGACCAUUCUGCAAGUGUCAGUGUUGAAUUAAUCCUGUCACCCACCUUUUCUGGAAUGCUGCAUCCCAUGUGAAAUACAUGCAGCCAUUGAAAGUGUAAUCCCUAUAAGUAUCUCAGCUUUGACUUUAGGAGAGCCCUCAGUACAAGCCUUCUGUUUGUUUCUGGUGUGGCUCCUCUCCUACCAUGGUGACUAAUCGAAACCUCUCACUUUCCUCAUGAGGUCCUCUGUCCCAUCCUCUCCCAUAGCAUAUGGCUCUUGGUCCUAUCUUACAGAAAUUUAAGACUAUGAGGACAUAAACUUCUAUUUCUUGGCUUUGCCCUACUCAUUUUCCCCAUUUUUAGAAGAAAAGAGAUUGCCUGCACGCUGUUGAAAGCCAGUCUCUGCCUUUCCUCAUUUCCCCUGGGGCUUCUUUUUUUUUCUGCCUACCUUUUAGGUAUUAUUCUUCCCCUGGAGGUCUAUCUUUUUUCUCUUUAUCCCUCUUCUCCCCCUUUUCCUUUCUCUCUCUCUCUCUCUCUCUUUUUUAAACUUAUUCUUAGGUGAUGUCAUUCAUAGCCAUGGCUGCUUCUGACACCUGUAAUGUUAAGCUUACUUCUAGACUUGCAACUUGAAUCCCAGCUUCUGCUCUCUGAGCCUUCUUUCUAACUGCCUAUUAAAUGUCUUCACUUAGAUAAUUUUAAAUUCAAUAUGUCCAAAUAACUAACCCUCGUCUUUAUCUAAAAUCUUUUUUGGUUCAUGUUUUUGGUGGUUUUGAUCUUUCACAGUGCAGGGCAAUAAGGAAUGCCAUAAUCUAGUUUCUGUCCACAUUCCCUGUUUUAUCUCUGCAAUGUAUCCUGUGUAAUCACGUCCUAGUCCAGUUCUAGUCCUCAAACAUUAAUAACGAGGCUCUUUUUUGAUAAAUAUGAACAUUCUGAUAGAGCAUCUUGGUAUAAGGAAAAUGUCUCCCUGUCUCUGCCCCACCUUUUCGCUUAAUCUUAUGCAACUAAGAUUUUUAUUUAACGUUGCUUUUCAACAAGUUUUACUAUAAAAAUGCCUUUGUGUUUUCUAAGUAUAAAGAUUUACAUCAUUUUUAGUGUGAUUUUAAGAACCACAGACCACCCUCCCCGACUCUUUUUGGAGCAUCAUGAUCAAUUGUUAAUUAAACAGGUAACACUGCUUUAUAGUUCUUUAUGAGUUGGUGAACUCUGUAUUU